AUGCAUUUUCCUCAUCGCCAUCUAUCACGACAGACUAUCAACGAGAUAUCUCGAUCAUUAAAACCAGAUCCUGAUGUGGGUCUUUCGUUUCUUUAUCGUUCAUCAAGAGAAGGAACACGUUUAAGUUAUCCAUCAUUUCCAUCUUAUUAUUCAUUAACAUAUUUACACAUGCCAUUUUCAUCAAAAAAUAAUUCGCGUUCAACUCACUCCAAUUUUCAAAUUUUAUUAUAUAAUUUUCUUGAACGACCAGCUGGUGUCAAAUGUUUCGUCUAUCAUUUUACCGUAUUUGUAGCGGUGAUUGUUUGUCUUGUUUUAUCCGUGUUAACAACUAUUGACAAAUUUACUGCACGUUUAGAAUUAUAUGUUUAUUGGCUUGAAAUUUUUCUUAUUCUAUUCUUUGGUAUAGAAUAUUUUGCAAGACUUUGGUCAGCAGGAUGUCGAAGCAAAUAUAUGGGCAUAUCUGGACGUUUUCGAUUUGCUCGAAAACCCAUUGCUAUUGUCGAUUUAAUUGUUGUUAUUGCUUCAACAUUAAUGAUUACUUUAGCAUCCGAUCGUCAAGCAUUUGCUGCAUCAGCUAUACGUGGUGUAAGAUUUUUACAAAUUCUACGUGUAUUACAUGUUGAUCGACAUGGUGGUACAUGGCGUUUAUUAGGAAGUGUCGUUUAUAUUCAUCGACAAGAAUUAAUUACAACAUUAUAUAUCGGAUUUCUUGCGUUAAUUUUCUGUAGUUAUCUUGUUUACAUCGCUGAAAAAGGUGAAAUAGGUCCGGGAGAAUUACGCGGUGGAAAAGGUAAUGAUAGUAGUCAUUUUGAAUCAUAUGCUGAUGCAUUAUGGUGGGGUGUCAUAACAAUAACUACAAUUGGUUAUGGCGAUGUGUACCCAGUAACCUGGCUUGGAAAGAUUAUCGCUGCGUGUUUUGCUAUUUUUGCUAUAUCAUUCUUUGCAUUACCUGCCGGUAUACUUGGUUCUGGUUUUGCAUUGAAAGUUCAACAAAAACAACGUCAAAAACAUUUUUCUCGUCAAAUUCCAGCAGCAGCAACAUUAAUUCAAGCUGCAUGGCGUGUCUAUGCAAGUGCACCCGGUUCAACAUGUGUUGCCACAUGGAAUAUGUAUUUACGUGUUACUGAACAAAAUACAGUACCAUCAAAUAAUAAAACAUUCUCACCAAAUAAUCAAACAUUUAGUGAAAAAACCGCUGAAAAACUUCGAUAUUUACGUUUAUCAACUAGUCAUCGAAAAAAUCGUGCAAAAAGAAAUAGUCAAGUUCCUCCUUCACCUCAUUUAUUACAAUCACCUGAACUAAAUGAUACACGUGGUUCAACAUCAUCAACAUUGAAUACAACAGGUUUAGAAAAUAAUGAUCAUGAUGAUGAAGAUUUUGAAGAAGAGCCAAUUAAACUUUGUUCUCUAACUGAAGAUCAUAAAAGAAUGAUACGAUGUGUACGAAAAAUGCAAUUAAUUGUUGCUCGUAAUCGAUUUCAAUUAGCAAGAAAACCAUAUGAUGUACGUGAUGUGCUUGAACAAUAUUCUCAUGGACAUAUUAAUAUGAUGAUGAGAAUAAAAGAAUUACAACGAAAAAUUGAACAUACUAUUGGUAAACAAAUUACAGGAACAACUGACGAUCGUGCAAAAUCAACUGUUCUUGCACGAAUGCAACGUGUUGAAAAUACAAUUGUUGAUAUGGGACAAACUAUGGAAAAUAUAUUUAUAUUAUUAAAAACUGUUGAUGGUAAACUUGAUCAAUUAUCACCAACUAAUAAUACUAGCCGUUCAACGAGAGGAAUGAUAUCACAAAUGAACGUUAAAUUUUCUUCUGUACCGGAAAAAAUACCAUAA